AUGUGUGCUAUGAUGAGUGAUCAGCUUUCGGGACAGGAUAUCCAGCAGCAAGGUAUUGUACAUGGACAUAUACACAAUUACAACAAUUUGACUUAUAUCCAUGGGCAUGUUCACAAUGGAGCGAAGGAGGAGGGGGAUUCCUCGACGGUGCCGAUGGGAUCUGUGUAUACACCGCAGAAGGGGGUAGAUUGUUCCAAGUUUCAUGAUUGCCAGCAUUUUGGGUUUGUGAAUUAUCAUAAUUUGAACCUAUUUCAGGAAACAAACGGCGGCGGGGUGAAUGGUGGUGAAGGGCUGCUGGAUGGUGUUCAGGAUGAUAGUCUGCUAGGCCAGGUUAGGGCCAGGAGAGGUGGCAAGGUUGGUUCUUGUGUGCAGUGCAAUCCGAAGAUUAUGGAGGUAUGCUGUGAGCAACCCCAUGCGGGCCAGGUGCUACCAGGCGAUGUAGUUUUAUUUGAAGAGAAAGAGAUGGAGCAGAUGCCGGAGAAUAAUCAGGCGGUGGCCAUUUUAAAUUUGCAAAAGUUUAUAAACUGUGAUUUGACGUGCCAUAGUAAUGGUGUUACGACGUCCACAAUGGAGGCUCAGGACAGAUCGUUACCUAGUCCAAUGACGACUGCUGAUAGUCUUCCUAGUAGUGGAGGUUCGGGCGAUCACGUGUUUGAGCGGUUGUGCCAACAGUGCAUGAAUUAUGAACCAUGUGAGGAUGCUGGGAAUCAUCAAAUGAUGACAGCUUGUCACGAGCAUAUAUUCCACAGUGAGACUGAUAUGAAGAUACUGAAUGAUUUGGCCAGCAUCUCCAACAUGUACGAAACGCCGUUGAGCAAGCAUUCGGGGGAAUCUAUAAACCUAUUGCACUCCAGUAUAUCUGGAUUUCAAGAUUUUAAUACCAUUGCGCCUACACCGUCUGUGGCAGCGGCUACAACGACGGUGCAGUCUCAAUCACAUCCGAAUCACCACCAUCAUAGAAUAGAGCUUCAUCCACAUACGUCGUUGGCGUAUAACAAUCGUUUCAACCGUAGGGAACGGGCUCCUGGAGAUGUUUCUUCACAUCUGCGCAGUAAUAAUAAUGCUAAAAAUGUUGAUGGAUCUGGGAAAUCUAACACAAACACUGUCAAUUUUAAUUGGUCAUUCAAAAACAACUGCAACAUGCUGAAAUGUCUUUGGAAUGAGUGUGCGGAAGAGUUUCCAACUUUACUCGAACUACAGUCGCAUGUUCUUAAGAGCCACAUAUCCGGCGAUACAAGUAUAACAGAUUAUCCCUGUCAAUGGAAAGACUGUGAAUUUUUAUCCACAGAUACUGAUUCGUUAAUCAACCAUAUUAAUGGGACUCAUGGUAUUAGUUUUGAUGUAAAGUUCCUCUCUGAUGAAAUAAAGGAACCCCAAGUUCAAAAUUGUAGGCAUCAUUGCGAAAGCCGUUGUACAAAUGCCAUCAAGGAGAAGCAAGGUGGCAUUUUUCAAUGUACGUGGGAGUCUUGUCAUCAAACAUGCAAAUCGCGCCAGGAGCUUAAUGAACAUAUAGAGGCAAUUCACGUGCCGACUGGUCAGUCCUCGUACCAAUGCCGGUGGGAUGGCUGCACCAAACAUUUUGCUCAGAGACAAAAGCUUCUUCGCCACAUUAAAGUCCACACGGGCUAUAAGCCAUUCAAGUGCCCCCACUGUUCGAAAACAUUCAGCACAGAAGACAUUCUAUCGCAACAUAUUAGAACACACUCCGGAGAGCGCCCAUUCAAAUGCCAAUUCUGUGAUAAGAGGUUUACCACAUCUAGCUCCUUGCGCAUUCAUAUAAGAACUCACACGGGCGAAAAGCCUCUUGCUUGUAACGUCUGUGGUAAACGAUUCAACGAAUCCAGUAACCUAAGCAAACACAUGAAAAUCCACGAGCGAAAAUAUAUGUGCAAGCAUUGCAAGAGAAGCUUUGACAGACUCCAACAGUAUAACAUACACAUCGCCAAGUGCUCCACCACCAACGAAAUCGCCAAUAUGUCUACCUGUAUAUGA